CUCUAGUGCAGUUCAAGCCUUCACUUUGUAAUGAGUGUCAAAUGACUGUUGCACUAGUUCGCAAUAUCAUCGUAUAGGAUGAAAAAUUUAAUGCGUUGCGCGCUCUCGGUUGCGCACUGUUUGCAAUUUUAAGGUUAGUUUUUAAUGUUUUCGGUUUGAUUGAAGCUUAGCUAGCUUUUGAAAAUUGGUCCCUCUUUAAUCAUUUCAUUUAGGAUUUUGCUGCGGUUUAUAAGUAAACGUGCGAAACAAUCAUAAGCUUAUUCAAAAAUUCACUAAAAUAUCGAGCUUUUAUUCAAAAAUGACAGAAAUAAGCCCUUUGGAGUAUUUCUUGUGUGGAGGGUUUGGUGGUAUUUGUACAAUACUUGUUGGUCAUCCAUUGGAUACUAUUAAAGUAAGGUUACAAACUAUGCCACUACCAAAAUUAGGAGAAUCACCUUAUUACAGCAGCACAUUAGAUUGUUGUAAAAAAACUAUUGUAAAUGAAGGCUUAUUAGGGCUUUAUAAAGGCAUGGGUGCUCCUUUAAUGGGGGUAGCACCAGUUUUUGCUAUUUCUUUCAUGGGUUACGGCGUUGGAAAACAAAUAUUUUGCCCUGCCGUGCCAUCUGAACACACCUAUUUGCAAUACUUCACAGCAGGUGCUUUCUCUGGAAUAUUUACUACCUCUGUGAUGGCACCAGGGGAACGGAUAAAGUGUCUGUUACAAACUCAGGAGAGGAAGGGAAAAAUUAAAAUGUAUGAUGGUCCAGUAGACGUUGUGAAAAAGCUUUAUUCACAAGGAGGUGUUUCUGCCAUUUAUCGAGGAGCUGGAGCAACUUUACUUAGAGAUGUUCCUGCUAGUGGACUCUAUUUUUUAACCUACGAGGCUGUGAAACUUUACAUGACUGACAAUGGUAAAUACCAGCUAAGCAUUCUAGGAACUGUCUUUGCUGGAGGUUGUGCUGGCAUAGCCAAUUGGCUUAUUGGUAUGCCUCCUGAUGUCCUGAAAAGUCGUUUACAGGCUGCACCUGAGGGGACUUAUCCCAGAGGCAUCAGGGAUGUAUUUAAAAAUUUAAUGAAGACUGAAGGACCGUUGGCGCUCUACAAGGGCAUUACGCCAGUCCUCUUAAGAGCAUUCCCAGCGAAUGCAGCUUGCUUUUUAGGUUUUGAACUGUGCAAAAAGUUUCUAAAUUAUGUAAUGCCAAGAGUGGACCACAAUUCGGACCUCAAGUGACCUAAUUUUUGUAUUAGUUUUUUAGUAGUUUUUUUAUUCCUUACUUUAUUUGGUUGGGAAGUUAGGGGAAUUUCAAUGUGAAUUUUAAAUUUAUCGAAUCAUAUUAUAGCAUUGUGCUCCACUUUCCUGAACUGAUAUUUUUCUGGGUCGUUCCUAAAUUAGGCCAAGUCAUUUUAACUUGUUAAGGGUCAUUUACAUCCACUUAAAAAUUAAGAAAAUUAACGUAACACACGGAAAAGUUGAACCAACUUCAACUCAAGGAAAUCCGUACCCUAAUUUCAAUAAUAAUUAUAAAUGAGAGACAGAUUGAACUAGUCUGUUAUUAUCAGUGUCAUUGGUGAUUACACGUAGGAAAAUAAACUUCAUUCUUCAUUGUAAACACAAACCUUCUCAGUUUCGUACGUUAAUUAUAAUUUUCCGUACGUUAAGUUAAGUGGAUGUAAAUGACCCUUUACUCAUCACAUUGAUUAUUAUGAAUUGUUAGACGUGAGCUAUUUUCGGGUUCGAAGAAAGGACGGUUCUAGAACGAUUCAAAACAAUCGCACAGUUCAUCAAUUAACAAAAUAACAACGGCUCAGCUAUCACCAAUUUCAAUAAUAAACUGCGCGAUUGUUUUGAACCGUUCUAGAACCGUCCUUUUUUCGAACCCGAAAAAAGCUAAAAUAAGUGAAAUUUCAGAAAUUAAAGCAACCUGGCACCACAAAGGAUAAUGUUUGUUUUGUUUUAUUUAUAAUCCAGUUUAUGGUGGUAGCUAGCUCAAUAAUGUCUUGGUUGGCAAUGCAACAUUUGGAGUCACACUAUAUAAUGUCAUUAAAUUGAAAUGCUAUUUUGUAGUAUUACUAAAACAGCAAUUUAGAUUCGAUAAAUUUAUCUUUUUUAAUUUAAUAUUAUUAGUUACUAUUAUUACUAUUUUUGUACAUUUAUCGUAUUUCUAAACUUGGAGGUGUUCUUGAAUGCCGAGUAGAAUUGGUUUAUUCCUCCAAAUUCAACUUGUCCAAGGAGUCCUUGGUGAAACGCUGGUUUUCCGAUUUAUAAAACCUGGAGUUUCAAUAGAUAAUGUUUAUGUUGUUCGUUAUCUAGUCCCUGGUCUAGUCCUUAAUUAGUAGUUAGUUAGUUGUCUUUUUGGUUACUACAAAUGUCUAUUUUGAAUUUUUUUUGUCAUAUCCAGAACAAGAUGAGGAAACCCGCAAUAGCAACCUUAUUUUUGUAUUAGCAUUAGCAGUCUUUUGUUAUUAAGUUAUUUUGUUGAAGUUUUUGAAUAUAAAUGACAAAUUUAUCAAAAUUGAAAAUGGCAGUGGUUAAAAUUUCAUAUAGAAUUUUGCUCCACAUUUAUUUGUAUGUUGAUAUUUUUCACAUUUUUGUAGAAUGCCACAAAAAAACUGAAGGCCUUUGAUGCAACACCUUAAUGAAUUGUUUUUUUUUUUUUCAAUUUGACUGAAUUUAAAUUUAAUAAAAUUAGCAUUUCUGGAAGUAAUAUUUGCCAUUCUGUUGACAUGUUUCUUAUUAUAAAACGUAUGUUGUUUUCGAAUUUUUAACUGAAACUUGUGAUGAACUAUAUUAUUAUUAACAGUUUUUAUUUCUUUUUUCCGCAGUACAAGGAGAUCAACUUCGAGUUACCAAGAAAAAUUAUUGUCUGUUUUUGAUACGUUUUAAUAAAUAUAUUUUUGUACAAGUAA